AUGUCUGUUGCUUUGUACUGGGUUGUUUAUCCCACUUCUAAGGUGGUCAGUGGCACUGGAUUCCUAGAGUCCAUCCGAGGGGUAACCGGAAUCUAGAUUCAUCCUGGUCCAUUUCUCGGGGUUGGAACUUGAUUUGCAAGGGCAGAAAAUAUAGUUGGAAUUUAAGUUGUCCUAAAGCAGAUUCAAGGUAUUCCUGGUUGGGCGAGUCGAAUUCAGGGAAUGGAAGAAAACUCUCUCAUAUCAAGUAUGGCAGCUAGCCCGGCUGGAGAAACGAUGCUAACCUCGGAACAUAAGGUUUAUGAUGUGUUUUUGAGACAGGCGGCCUUGGUUAAGAGGCAGUUGAGAUCCAAUGACAAUUUGGAAGUAAAGCUGGAUAUUGUUCUUCCGGGUCCCUGUAGCUUUUUAAGCGAAGCAUAUGAUCGCUGUGGUGAAGUAUGUGCUGAGUACGCCAAGACAUUUUACUUGGGCACUAUGUUGAUGACUCCACAGAGGCGAAGAGCUAUUUGGGCUAUCCAUGUUGAGUGUCCGUGGUUAAUAGUAUAAUACAAAGCUCUUAACAAGAAAGCAUAUAUGUAAUCUGGUUUUAAUUAGCAAACUGCGUCUGCUUACAAAUUUGCUGUUUUUGUUCAAAUAUUUUUGGG